GUAAUAUUUUAUUAUAUUAAUUAUAAAUUAAACUUUUUAUUAUUAUUAUUAUCAUUUUAUUAAAAUUUAACUAAUUUGUUUUGUAGAAUUAAAUCCGAAAACUGGCUGACGUAACCGAGCAUCAGCUUAGGGUAAGUUGUCGCAAAACACAUAAGAUGAACUUGACCAACUCCUACUUUUCACCAAUCUUUUCCAUCAUCCUUCCCUGGUCGAUCCACUUCUCCUUUGAUGUCUCUUAAUCGCAUUGUUUGCCAUACACCCCUCAGUCGGAUCGCCUACCGUACAAGCAUCAGAAUGGCAUCCACCAUAGUGGGAAAAUCUGGUCGUGUGUACGUUCAGAGGGAGGUGCUCCAACUUCAUCGACAGGACCGUAAGCUUAGCGUCUUCAAAGCCGAGUCCGGGAGUGAGUCUUUUGUCUUCAAGCGCGUACCUAGGCCAAUAUACGAUCUGUCCCUAUGCCUCGCAGCGGAGUUUGCAAGCUCCCAUCGGCUUCGAAUGCACAUCGAUUGCAACCAAGAAGAAGGCAUUCUAGUCUAUCCCUAUUUCAGAAGCACCCUUCUUGCCUUGAUUCAGGAAGAUCCCGACUUUCCUCUAGCAGAACGAAAGAAGAUAUUGCGACAUGUAGGAGAGGCAAUACAAGAGCUUCAUAGCAAAGAUUGGAUCCACACCGAUGUGAAACCUGAUAACAUUUUGGUCAAUUGGACUUGCGACAAAGAGGGUAACAAAACAGUUACCGAUGUGGCCUUAGGUGAUUUUGAUAUCGCUUUCAAGUCGGAGGGUGGAGAGCCACACCAGACCCCUCAUGCAAUAGGGAAUGCCAUGUGGCGAAGCCCAGAAGGACAGACCGGAAGGGGUGUGACAAAGGCGUCAGACAUGUUCUCGUUUGGACUAGUGUGCAUAUAUACUUUUGGGGGUGGGGAGCUCCUGCUUUUGAACGAUUACCAGGAGCUAGCAAAGAGUGGUAUAAGGCCGGAACAAGAGAUCCUGGUUCGACACUUCUCCUAUUUCGGGUUAGUGCCUGAAGGGCUCCUCAAGCAAGUUAACAGUAAGGAUUGGUGUGACGCCCUGAAGGGAGCAUCAGAAAUAGCUGAGGAGGCAGUGAAGGAACAGCCUGAACUAAGAUUUGAGUGGUGGGGGAAGGAGCUUGGUCCCGAGGCACAAAACAUGAUAUCUGGAAUAACAAAUCCAGAUCCGGCGGCUAGAACGACAAUAAACCAAGUCUUGGCGCAUCAAUGGUGGCAGGAGGCUACUUAAAUAGCUAUUUGAGGUGACUGCUGGGGCGGAUGCGAUGAGAAGUUAGAAACCCAUACCAUUAAGUAGAUAUAAGUAUACUAGUCGCUAUCCAAGAGGUAUAUGUCAGGAGACCCUGAUAGCACUCGCCAUUUAAAAUCCUGAGCAACGAUCUGAUCAGCCAUUCACUCGCGGAGAACCAACUACCACAAGGAAGUGGGUAUUUUAUACCAACUAUUGAGGCUCGGCCCAAAAAUUGUACAUUCGAGUUCACAAGACUGAAAAGUCGGGAAAUUAUUAUAUAGAAUUAAUCUAUUUACCUAUGAAUUUCUAA